ACUGACAAAGACACUACAAUAUCACUUCACUACCCCUUUCCCUUAUCUUUCCGGCCUGCCCUCUCCAAAGUGGCUUUAGGAGGCAUAAAAGGGAAGGCAUCAUCCAUCCAUCAGAGAAAUAAAGAGAGGGAAAGAAAGCAGUAGUCUUUUUAUUUCUUUUAUGUUUUUCCAUUUUCUCUUCUCUUAUUGUUAGGGUUUUGUGUUUGAAAAACAAUGAUCGACUUUGCUCGUGUUCAAAAGGAGCUGCAAGAAUGCAGCAGAGACAUGGAGGCUUCUGGCAUCAAAGUGGCACCUAAAUCUGACAAUCUUGCUCGAUUAACCGGAACUAUUCCUGGUCCUAUCAGCUCUCCUUAUGAAGGUGGCACUUUUCAAAUUGAUAUCACUCUCCCAGAUGGAUACCCCUUUGAGCCUCCAAAAAUGCAGUUUGCAACAAAAGUCUGGCACCCUAAUAUUAGCAGCCAGAGUGGGGCAAUCUGCCUGGACAUUUUGAAGGACCAGUGGAGCCCAGCGCUCACCCUAAAGACAGCACUUCUUUCUGUCCAAGCAUUGCUCUCAGCUCCUGAACCUGACGAUCCUCAAGAUGCUGUUGUAGCACAACAGUAUCUUAGAGACCAUCAGACCUUUGUUGGCACAGCUCGCUACUGGACAGAAACUUUUGCCAAGACCUCAUCGCUUGGGGUUGAGGAAAAGGUUCAAAAACUUGUGGAGAUGGGUUUCCCUGAAGCUCUGGCGAGAAGUGCACUAGAAUCUGUUGGUGGUGAUGAAAAUUCGGCUCUUGAAAAGCUUUGUUCUGGUUAAGGAGGGGAUGAAACUGACAAAACUGAAUAAUUAUAUCCUCGUAUAGUUUUACUUAACAAGCCCUUUUCAUUGGGCUACUUUGCCUGUUUUGUUUACUGUCCCUUUUACUGAGUGAAUCUGCCUUCGACUUUCAUCAUAUGGACGGAGUUCCUAAGAAAAACUGUAUUGAUUGCUGUUUAAUCUAUGGAGAAAUCUUGGCUUGUACACUUU